AUGAAUAUUGCACAAGGUAUAGUAACUGCAUGUGACUUAAUAGCGACAGGAAACACAGAGAACCUCAGAACUGCGACUCAACUUUUCAACGAAAUGGAGAAACAGCCAACGUUUCCAAUAACGUGUUUGGAGGUUUUAACGUCUCAAGCUGUAGACUCUGUCAAAGUCCAAACUGCGAUCCAAUUUAAACGUCACAUGAAAGCACAUUUCACUCAAAUUUCACCGAACAACAGAGCUGUAUAUAAAGAGGCGAUGAUGAAAGUCAUACUUCAAAGUCCCUUACCAAUACAAAGGCAGAUCUCUGAUGUAUUUUCUGUAGUGUUUUUCGAUGAAUUUCCUGUCAAGUGUCAAGAUGUUUUGCGCAUGAUAACAAUCUUUUUCCAAGAUGUUAACGUUAUUCAGAACGAAAAUGCAUUUAUGGGGCUCAUGAUGAUACUCAAUAAGUUGACGAAGAUGUGUAGAUGUCCAUGUAAACAAACGAAAGAUAUGACUGCGUACUUUGCGACAUUGUAUCCAGUCUAUUUCAAAAUCUUGGAAGCAUCUGUUAAUAACAAAGUGUACAAAUACACACGAGUCUUGCUCAAGACUUUUCGGUACGUCACAUUCACUGAAAUACCCGCAUUUUUCACAGCAGAGAAAGUUAAAGAAUUCUUCACCGUCACGUUCAACAUGUUCUCUUGGAAUAUCGAAUUUAACACCGACGACCAUCCUCAGUGCAAAGCAUUUGUGCAACUGUUACGAAUCAUCUCUCAGUUCGUGAAUAACUCAACUGGAAAAAAAGAGGGUUCGACUCAAGCCUCAAAGUACUUUUGUACGCAAAUCUGUGGAAAAUAUCUUGAAAAGGUGGUCUUGUUUACACGAAUGCAAACACCUGAGGAACUCACGUUUUAUAUCCUCAAUUUUUUCAGUCACUCGCUUAAGCUUAGUAAUUUAAAUAAAUUUAUUGUGGGCGUCUUUCCAGAGGUCUUUGAGAAAUUGGUGUUUGCGAAUGUGUUGAUGCCCGAGACGGAAAUUAUAGAAAUGAAAGAGGAUCCAAUCAACUUUUUGAGGGGAGAGGAGGAAGACUUGCAAUAUGGAAUUGACGCCAGAGUGGGUGCUAUGAACUUUGUGAGGUCGUCAAUGCAGUUUAGGGCGAAGCUCUUCUUGCCAAUGUAUAUUGAAGGCCUCAAAUUUUUGAUUCCAAUGAACGCAGAGACCAUGAAAAAGGAUACCAGAGCAAUUGAUGCAGCGUGUUUUAUAGUCCAAAAGAUACUUCCAUCAUUUGUGAUCGACCAGGUGUAUAUGAAUUACAUUCCCCUAAUAUUUUCAAUAAGUGUUCCACUUUUGUUACAAAGCAACGACGUCUUGUUAAUAAGGAGAGGGUGUCUUCUCUUAUCUGACACUUUCAAUGUGUUAAAUUUGAAUUGCAAUGACGUAUUACCAGAGUACAUAGUGAAGGAUGUUCAAUUGGUUUUUGGACUUCUAUCAAGCGAGAAUGUGCUUUUAAGAGUCUACGCAGCGACUACAAUUGGCAAUUUUGUUUCAUACAAAACACUAAAUGAAAGUUUUGCAACGAUUUUACCACAACUAUUUGGUGUUUUACUCCAAACAUUAAAAGUCUAUGAAUGUGAAGGUAUAUUGGAAACAAUAUCAAUUCUCAUCGAAAAGUUUAAAACACAGACUGUUCCACUCUCUGCAGAGUUAGCGAAGGGGAUAUAUGAGACUAUUAUUGGAAUAGAAAAUAAAUAUGAUGCUAUGGAAGACGAGAAACGUUCGACUAUCAGUUUCUCUGUAUCAUCUGCAGUCAAUUCACUCAAUAAAAUCAUUAAAUUGAAUGCGGAAGCCAACCCUCAAUUUGCACUGCAAUUGGGUAACACUUUUCUCACAUAUAUAGACAGGGUUUUUGGUCUUCAAAGCCAAUUUGCACAUGACACAUUCGAAGACUUCAUUUCACUCUUGUGCGAACUUGUGAUCGACUCCCCUACUCCAUUCCCAGAGAAUUUGAUCACAGUGUUUGUUAAGUUAUUAUCCAAUGAGAAGUUACUUGAUGUGGAUGGAACUGCACUGGACGCGACAGAACCAAUAGUAACAACAGUUGCAGCAAAGCAGCCUGAACUGUUUGCUAUAGAUCAGGUCAUGCUAUCUUUUGAAAAGUUGGUAGUUUCAGCAUUACAAAUAGAAGACAUGGAACACCUUUCUGUGCUCCGGAUGUCGCAGUCUGUGUUACUCUGUUGUGAGGGAAUGGCAAACAAAUUCAUCGAGUUUGUAAUUCCAGUCGUUGUCAACUUUAUUAAUUUGGACGAGUCUGCUGUAUUACAAUCUGUUAAUACCAUCAUGUUUUGCUUCUUUAAUAACCCAAGACUCACUUUUGCGUGUUUGAUUAAAAUGAGUGCGCUCGAGCACUUCUUCAAUAUUUGGACGUAUUAUAUUCCAAAGCAACUUCCAAUGAUCAGCGAUAAGAAGAUUAAUAUUAUUGGGAUGUCGAGUAUGUUAACUAUCCCACUCGAUGAUUUGCCGCCUUUAGUCAAAGACAACUUAGUUGCGUUUUACACGUCGAUAACCGUGUUGUUACAACUUGCACAGAACCAAAAAAUUGCAAUUGAAAAUUACAAACAGAAGAGUGACGAGCGGAUUAGCCGCAUAGUGAAUGACAGUGGAAUCCACAAUUUGGCGGAUGAUGAGGAUUUGGUUGUUGACGACCAUUACAACGACGACGAGCCAGACAUCUUUGAAAAGAAUGAAUAUGAAGGAGAAGACAUUGUUGAUGAUGAAGAUGAAGUCAUACCACUGAACGAGAGGAAGUUCUUUUAUAAUUGUGUCCAACGAGUGACUGAAGGCGAUUUAAAGGAUCAACGACACAUCAAUGCAAUCGCGUCUCUUCAGCCAGAACUCAAGAAUGUCAUUCAGGCUGUUUUUAUCGAGCAGACACAACCUUCCCAUAAUUGA